UUACGCGGUUUACUCGUGGUUCGCCACAACCAUCACCGAGUUCAGCAUAGAAUACUCGACGGGGUCGCAGAGUAUUUCGCAUUAAAUGAAGAGGAAAAGCAACGAAUCGCGGGAGGGGAGAAUAUGAAGAAGCUCAAAGGGCGACCUGUUGG